AUGAACGGACAUCAUACGGCUAGACCCCUGAGACCGGGCAUCAACGUGCCUAUGGUCACCAUCUUUGACCCGGAAACUGAAGAUGUCGAUGUCAAUGCGAUCGCAAAGCACGCCGUCAGACUUGCUAAGGCUGGUCUGUCAUCUAUUACCUGCCAAGGAUCGAAUGGCGAAGCAGUACAUCUCACCAAGGAGGAACGGAUACUGGUAACGAGUACCACCCGCAAAGCACUGGAUGAAGCUGGAUUCUCAGACAUGCCGGUUGUCGUUGGUUGUGGAGCACAGUCGGUGCGAGAGACGAUCGACUUUUGCCGGGAUGCGUACCAGGCCGGUGGUGAUGCUGCUCUGGUUUUGCCCCCUUCAUACUACAAGUCGGCAUACAAGCCUGAGUCGUUUGUUGAGUACUUCCAAGCUGUUGCAGAUGGCUCGCCGAUCCCCAUUGUCAUCUACAACUACCCCGGAGCGGUUGCUGGGGUGGAUCUUGACUCGGACACCAUUAUCAAAUUGGCCAAGCAUCCCAACAUCCGUGGUUGCAAGCUCACCUGCGGCAACACUGGCAAAUUGAACCGGAUUGCUCAUGCAGUCAAUGCCGCCACACCCAGCGACCUUGGAUCAGGCUGGAUGUGCAUGGGUGGCUCGGCGGAUUUCACCCUGCAAACCCUGAUUGCUGGCGGCUCAGGGAUUAUUACCGGCUUGGGUAAUGUUGUGCCUAAGGCUUGUGUCAAGGUCUUCAACCUCUAUGCACAGGGCAAGGUGGAGGAAGCUCAGAAGCUGCAAGCGAUUGUGGCGCGGGGCGACUGGGGAGUGAUUGCGGGCGGAAUCACAGGCACCAAAAGUGCGAUGCAGUCGUAUUUUGGAUAUGGUGGUUACGCCCGACGGCCACUGCCUAAGCCGACCAAGGAUGAGGUAGCCAAGUGGGAGGAGAUGUUGAAAGAGGUUGUGGAGCUCGAGAACUCACUGUAA